CUGCCUCGUUAGUCCCGCCUUACACGAGUGGUCGCUGUCGCAUUUGUUUGAUUGAGGUCGAACAAACAAAAAUCGUCGUAACGUGGAAUGUAAAACGUUAUCACGUCAGCAUGAUGUUAAAUGAUCAAGGGAACGUUCUUACUAUUUAAAGAAUAUUCGAUGUACGAUGGAUGAACCUACUCCACAAAGCCCGUAAAGCAGGCCGUCUUGUAUUUUAUUAUUAUUACUAGUAGUAGCAGCAGUAGUUUCAUCGUAUUAUUAUUUUAAGGUUUAGCUCCAGUCGAUGAUGCUUGUUAAGCAUGUCGGGGAAUCACUACAAAGGCCACGAAGUCAGCUGCUGCAUCAAAUACUUCAUUUUUGGAUUCAACAUCCUCUUUUGGUUGCUGGGGAUGGCCUUGGUUGGCAUUGGAUUGUGGGCAUGGAGUGAGAAGGGGGUUCUAUCCAACAUUUCAUCCAUUACUGACCUGGGGGGUCUGGACCCGGUGUGGCUCUUCAUGGUGGUGGGAGGGGUCAUGUUCAUCUUGGGUUUUGCAGGAUGCAUCGGAGCACUGCGGGAAAACACCUUCCUGCUCAAAUUUUUUUCCGUCUUUCUGGGAAUCAUCUUCUUCCUGGAGUUGACCACCGGGGUCCUGGCGUUCGUCUUCAAGGACUGGAUCAAGGACCAGCUCAACUUGUUCAUCAACAACAACAUCCGGGCAUACCGCGACGACAUUGACCUGCAGAAUCUCAUUGAUUUCACGCAGGAAUAUUGGGAGUGCUGUGGCGCUUUUGGAGCGGAUGACUGGAACCUCAACAUCUACUUCAACUGCACCGAAGGGAACCCUAGUCGGGAAAAGUGCGGUGUUCCGUUUUCCUGCUGCACCAAAGACCCAGCGGAGGACGUAAUAAACACUCAGUGUGGAUACGACAUUCGAGCAAAACUGGACUCGGAGCAGAAGGACCACAUCAAUGUGAAAGGCUGCGUGCCGCAGUUCGAGAAGUGGCUACAGGACAACCUCAACUUGGUGGCGGGGAUAUUCAUUGGAGUCGCGCUGCUCCAGAUCUUCGGGAUUUGUUUGGCCCAAAACCUAGUGAGCGACAUCGAAGCCGUGCGGGCAAGCUGGGUGCCCGCUACCCUUUCCGUGCGGCGACUCCCACCGCACUCGAGCAAGAAAGGUUUCUUCACCUAAAGGUGAGACAGCACUUUAAUUUCAACAGUGGAUUUUUAUGAAGUCAGCUACUGGACUUGAGGCCUCCGUGAGGACGUCAAAAGUGCGACGAAGGACUCCACCGCUCACCUGCACCACUUCGUGUAUGUUUAUAUCAAUAUUCACGGUGAUCGGAAUGGAUCGCAAUGCACUACACGCAGAUUGUAAUGUUUUGAUAGCUAGUUUUUUGAUGUAACGAUCCACGUUUAUAACAAAGUAGCAUAGUUGUUUUUUUCAGCAGUGCACUGUUGAUUGUUUUAUUCACUACCAUGCUACUGUGAAGCGGCGUGGUACGUCUCACUCGCCAGACAGUCCAGUAGUUAGCGACAAAAGGUUAACACAGUGCUCAUUUGUUGUGCUUACCAACAACUAAUUACGUGAAAAGGACAUUCCAAUACUUUACAAUUUCUUCAAAUUUUCCCUUCUGACAUUAGAGGAUAUGUAAAAAUGCACAUGCAACGUCAUCAAUUAAAGACAGAUGAAAUUGUUGUCCCACGUCAAGAUCUUCAAUACUGUUACAUCCAUCUUCUCCCGCUUAUCCGAGGUCGGGUCGCGGGUGCAGCAGCCUAAUCCGAGAAGCCCAGACUUCCCUCUCUCCCCGGCUACUUCAUCCAGCUCCUCCCGGCGGAUCCCGAGGCGUUCCCAGGCCAGUUGGGAGACAUAGUCUCUCCAAUGUGUCCUGUGUCUUCCCGAGGCCUCCUACUGGGUGGAUGUGCCCUGAACACCUCCCCAGGGAGGCGUCCGGGGGACAACCUGACCAGAUGCCCGACUCACCUCAUCUGGCUCCUGUCAAUGCGAAGGACCAGCGGUUCUACUCAAGAGUUUCACCCACACCCAAUCUCUACGGGAAGGGCCAGCCACCCUACAGAGAAAACUCUUUUCGGCCGCUUGUACCUGCGAUCUUGUCCUUUUGGUCACUCCCCAAAGGGUCGACCGGUAAAUUGCUAGCUUUGCCUUUCGACUCAGCUUACUUCACCACAACAGACCGAUGCAGAGUCCACAUCACUGCAGACGUACACCAGACACCCGGAGGUACUUAAACUCCUCCACGUGGGGCAGGAGCUCACCCCUGACCCGAAUACUGUUACAAACAUGCAUUUGUAAAAUUGUAAAAAAAAUGUCCAAAUAAGUGCAACCGUGAGUAGUGUUACAGGCAAGCAAAAUUUCAAUGUGAUCCAAAUAAAACCAUAAAUGCUGUUCCGCUCACAAAGAAUGUUGUAGCUGUUUCAAAUCUGAAGACAGAGAUACCAUUUUUCCCUCAUGUAAAGCUCUCGAAUACCAUUAUAAACACGUUACCCCAAUUAAAAUGUCAGAAUCUCAUCAAAUUCACAUGGAAUUUGAACAGCUACAAGCUACAAAAACGCAUUGCUACUUCUGUUCUGCUCCGACAAAGUCUUAAUUUUGGUCAAAAUUGAGAGGGACACUGUUUUGUCCCAUGUCAAAAUCUCAACUACUGCUACAAACCUGCUAAAUGUGACCAUGACCAGUGUUCUGCUCACACAAACAAAGUCGUCUUUCAUUUUUGUGCGGCCGUUAGCGUUGGAACACGAUAUCCAGACCUGCCAACCUUCAAGACAUUUUACCAGUACUCUUAUUAUACUUCUGCGUAGUCAAUAUGCUGGCCCCUCCAUCGCAGUCUUGAUUCUUUUAUACAGGGGUAUCCUAACGUUUUCCACCGAGGGACGCAUACCCAAAAAUCAAAGGAUGUGGAGGGGCCGCUUGGCUUACACGGCAUAGACAAUGAAUGCAUGAAUGAAUAUACGGGGUGUUAAAAAAAACUAAAACGUACACACUAGUUUAGUUCGCCUGCCGUCAUUCAAUUCAUUGGGUUUAAUUAUCAGCUGCUAAAGGGUGUAGACAUUUUUUGGGACACCCUGUAUAUGACACAUGUGAGUAUGUGUGUUUAAUCGGAGAAGUCUGAGCCAGUCGUACACACGCAGGAAAUAAUGUACUCCAAUCCAAGCAGCCAGAUUUGUUUUUGGAGGUGCACAUCCCCUCGAGUUUGCCGGGGGAGGACUGAGCAGGUGUGGUGUACGCUGGUGCCUCAACACAGGAGCAUUAUCCAAGUUUCAGAGACUGAACACAGCGAAAAUGCGUACCUGGAGAGCAGCGAAGCUUACCAGCGUAUUCAAGGGUUUAAAUUGCAUGCGGAGCACCAAAAAUGCGAACACGUUGGCAGGUCUGUACAUGGUAUUUCCUCCAUCAGUUUUAUUUAUGGCGACGCGUGCCCACAUUCCACCAUUUUACCGUUAAAAAAAAGAGUAUUUUGACUAAAUCUAAUCUAACUAGCUGUCCUUUUCCAAGCAGUUUCUUUCACCUGUAUAUGCUAUCUAAUGUUAUUAUUGUUUCUUUUAUUAUUUACGUUACAGCACUGUUAAAAAUGUGUAAAUAAACAAAGGCUUCCUGAUUUUGAUUUCUUUUUUAUUUAAUUCUUCAAAGGGAACAUUUCAUUUAAAAAAAAGUUAUUCAGGUUAUAGGUAGCUGUGCCAUUAUCAUUACGCUUAUAACUAGCCAAGGAUUAAUUUAUUGUCCAUUUUUUCCCCCACCCUUACAUGCACUUGAAUGAAACUUGGCAAUCCUGUUUUUUUUGUUUAAAAAAAUGUUAAAUUCUGUAAAAAAUUGCACUGGACUGGAUGUUUUCCACCGUUGUUUUUGGAUGUUAACAUUAGGCUGUUACUAUAUGUCUCGCGAAAAAUGCUAUUUAUGUUACUUAUUGUUGCAUUGUUAAAAACGUUUGACUGGUUUUGAAACUGGUUUUGAAAUAAAAGUGGAUUUUUCCAAACAU